AUGGCAAACGCCAUGAGUCCGCAAGAGAUGCUUGACUUGCUUCUGUCAACCAUGAAGCUGGUAACGCACUUGACAAAUUCUUCUCAGGCGCAAGCGACCUCUUCGUCGGAAAAGCCAACCCUUACGGUCAACGCCGAUACACUUGUCUCGCUGCUGUUGUUCGUGGUCAUCCGAGCUCAAGUGAGACACUUGCACGCCCGGCUCAUUUACAUCCGGCAUUUCAUCUUCAUUGACGAUGUUGACAACGGCGAGAUGGGCUACGCCUUGAGCACGUUUGAAGCUGUACUGGCGUACCUCGUUUUGGAUUCGGCAGGACUGCGGAGGGCUAGCCGGCGAAACAAAGCACUGUGGGAUGCGGCCUGCAACGGAAGCCUGGAUGACCUGAAAAAGAUCAUGGAGCCGGACUCCAAUGCUAUUAUCGACGACGAUCUCUACGACUCACCCGAGUCAAGUCGACGGCCGUCUCGUAGCUGGAGUUACACCAAUGGCUCAACCUCAAGGAGAUCGUCCACCGCCUUGACGUUCUCGGAUCGCUUUUCCUCUGGCUCUGGUCUAAGCCAUGUCUUCCCGUUCCAGGUCGAGGACAACGGCAGCGAGCUUGAAUUUCCUCUGCCUCCUCCAACGAGGAAAGUCAAACGGGUUGCUAUGGACACGAGAAGCAUGUCCAGCGAGUCUGAGAUCUCGUACCAUUCAAGAGCGACAAGCAACGGGACUGUCGGCAGCGUGCUGGAGGGCGAUGUUACGAUUGAUCGGUUAUCGCAGACACACAACUUGUUCGGAGAGUCAAUCUUGAUGAUGGCUGUGCAAAACGAAAGGCCCGAUCUGUUACGGUACUUGCUGUCACUGAAUGAGUAUUACCCGCCUUCAGCGGUGCUGGACGACAUCAACAACGAGGACACAACACUGUUUAGCGCCGCGGUUCAGCUGGGCCACGCAGAGCUAAUUAACAUUGUCCUCGACUUUGUCACGACCUCGGCGUCAAAAGAGCGGCUUGUUGAGUACUUUGCUCAGCAGGACAUUUGGGGGCGCAGCUGCGCGCAUUAUCUGUUCCACGCGCCGUUUCUGAUCUCUCGGAUCGGGAAAUUAGUCCCCUGGCGGCAAAAAGACAAGAACGGCCAAACGCCGCUUUUUGCGCUGUGCCGGUCUUAUGACCAUGUCCAUUACCGCGAAAUGGUGGAUGCCGGCCUCGAUGCGGCCACGGAAGCGCAGGGUGACGGGCUUCCGCUGCACAUUGAUGAUCAUGUGGACGCCAAGGGGAACACACUGCUUCACAUUGUCAACGACCCGCAGCUCGCCAUCAGAGUUCUCCAGCAGUGUGACGUCGACGUCAAUGCUACCAACGAAAAAAAGUUUACGCCGCUGAUGGUUGCCAGCAAAUAUGGCAGAUUGGACAUGGUCAGGACGCUGUUUGUGGAUGCGCGCGUCGACGUCGCAGCCCGAGAGCUUCGAAGCCUCACGGCCGUCGAACUGGCCAAGGAUGAUGACAUACGAAAUAAGAUUGACGACCUGGCACUCUUUAGCAUGCCCCCCGGUGCGGAUGCCCGUAUUACCGGCGUCGUACGAGCCUUUUUUGUGGAAGACGCGACCAUUCGCUUGGUCUUGAAAUCAGCCGCCCCCGCCGACCACCUGAGCUACACUGUUACCACGAGCCGCCGGAACCUCUCCGAUUUUGAACAUCUCGGCAACCUGCUGGCGCUCGAGAACCCGGCAUCGUGGAUCCCGGCAGUCGCUGGUGUCCGGUCGCCAUUCCAGAUACCUUCAAAGCCGUCGAGAGCGGUGCUGAGGGAUAUCCAGACUCGGGUCGACUGGUUCCUCAAGAUCAUGCUCAAUCACCCGACAUUCGCGACGCAUGAGAUGCUCUGGGAGUUCUUCCUGGUGCCUGACAUCCAGCUCGGCAUGAUGGAGCAGAGAAGCAACCUGAAAGCCGAGACUCGAGCCGAGAAGGUCCGGGAAGAGUACGAGCCUGUGAAGGAUGUGCGUGAGGUCGAGCAAUUCGUGGACCAUGCGAGAGAGAUGGUGCGGAGUGUCAACUACUCGACUAAGAGCGUGGCCAGAAGAGUCAACUCCAUCGCCGUUGUCGCAUCAGUAUCGACGCUGCCGUUCCUGCCACCAGUGUACAUCACAGCACUCGAGUCGUACGUCCGUACCAUCGCACCCAUGCAGUCGAAUCCCUACGGCAGCUUCCAUUCGACAUUCUUGGCCGCGCAAUCGACGAUCCAGGCUCUCCUCUCAGCCCUCGCACGACCACCUGCGCAGAUUGCGCAAAUAUCAGCUGCGCGCAAGUCGGCGGAGAGGAACUACAACUCGCUUACGCGAUCGACACGGUGGCCACUCGGCCUGCUGGACGAUACGCGGCAGCGUCUCAACGAGGAGAGGGAGGAGAAGGCACGCCAGUCGCAGGAGCAGGUGGACGACCUCGGUCGAGAACUCCGGUACUCGCAGCAGGUGGUGGCUGGGGAGCUGGCCGGGUGGCAAGACCUGCACGAGAAGAUGGGGCGGCGGGCGAUCAAGGACUUCGCCAAGGGCAUGGUGAUCCAAGAGCGACUCCGGCUUGACGGGAUGAUGCGGGCGCUGCGCAGACUGCGAGAAGGCAAGGCGGAGCUCGAGAGGGCUUCGGCUGCUUUGGCAAGCGUUUCAGGGCGGUCGAGUAUGAGUCAAUCGACGAACGAGGGGAUGGAGACGGAUGCGGGCGAGGGAGCCAGCACCGCUGGCUCGAGAGUGGGCAACGAGGUGGCGAACGGGGCGGGAUUUUAG